GCCGUAAUGAGUCAACUUCUCACCCAAUUCUUCAGGAACAAUUCUUGAAUAUCAAACGAGAACGUCUUUUAUUGCUCAAAGGAUUAAAUUUGUUCCCAUUACAUUGUCCGACAAUAUUCCUUGUAGGAAUUUCAAUAUUGGACUUUUUACUUGGUUUGAUAUUAUUAAUAAUAUGCCUAAACUGGUACGGGACAAGGGACUCGAACCCUCAACACCCGAAGGUACCAGGUCCUAAGCCUGGCGUGUCUAGCCAUUCCACCAAUCCCGCUUUACUGGUGUCCUGUGGAGGGAUCGAACCUCCGACUUUUUGCUUAAAAGGCAAACACUCUACCGCUGAUGCUAAUUUUAUGGCUGGGGUGGCUGGGAUUGAACCAACGAUCAAGGAGUCAAAGUCCUUUGCCUUACCACUUGGCUACACCCCAAAAGUUAUUGCUUCUUUUCUCG